UUAAGUUACCACCACUAUAGAUCAAACCAAAGUAAAAUUACUAAUCAACAAAAAAGCAUCCACUCACUCUCUCCCGCCUCUGUUUGAUUUCAAUCCAACUAGGAAGAACUAUAAAAUAAACACACGAUCUUUCUCCAAAUUAGAGUUGAACAAGAAUCAUCAUCAGAUUCAAGAGAUGUCUAGUUACGUUGGUGUUCUUGUCUCUGAUCCAUGGCUACAGAGCCAAUUCACACAAGUGGAAUUACGUACUCUUAAAUCCAAGUUUAAUUCGACAAAAACUCGAUUUGGUCGUGUCACGGUGAAACAUUUACCACAAGUGUUUGCAAAACUAAAAGAUUUCAAACGCACGUUUGAUGAAAAUAAGAUCAAAACUAUUUUGGAUGAGUCUUAUCCCAAUCGCUCUAAGGAAGUCGAGUUCGAGACCUUUCUCCGGGCCUUUUUAAGUGUGCAAUCCCGAGGAUCAAAGGGCGCUUCAUCGUUUCUCAAGACAGGAACUACAACGUUCCACCACGCGAUAAAUGAGUCCGAGAAAGCUUCAUAUGUGUCACAUAUCAAUAACUACCUUAGAGAUGAUCCUCUCUUGAAGAGCUAUCUUCCAAUCAAUCCUACUACAAAUGCUUUGUUUGAUCUUGUUAAAGAUGGUGUUCUGUUGUGUAAGCUUAUAAACGUAGCUGUGCCUGGGACAAUAGAUGAAAGAGCGAUGAACAUGAAGAAAGAGCUGAACCCAUGGGAGAGAACUGAAAACCUUUCACUCUGUCUCAACUCUGCAAAGGCGAUAGGCUGCACCGUCGUCAACAUUGGAACUCAGGACAUUGCUGAAGGGACACCACAUCUUGUACUUGGGUUGAUCUUUCAGAUUAUAAAGAUACAAUUGUUGGCUGAUCUCAAUCUUAAGAAAACGCCACAACUUGUUGAGUUAGUGGAAGCAAACCAGGAUGUGGAGGAGCUUAUGGGACUAGCACCUGAGAAGCUUUUGCUAAAAUGGAUGAAUUUUCAUCUAAAGAAAGCUGGUUAUGAGAAACAAGUCACCAAUUUCUCUUCUGAUGUUAAGGAUGGAGAGGCAUAUGCAUACCUGCUAAAUUCUCUAGCCCCAGAACACAGCACACAUGUGACAUUAGAGAUGAAAGACCCUUCAGAAAGAGCAAAGAAGGUCCUUGAGCAAGCAGAGAAGCUGGACUGUAAAAGAUUCCUUUCUCCUAAUGAUAUAGUUGAAGGCUCUGCAAAUCUUAAUCUUGCAUUUGUUGCACAACUGUUUCACCACAGGAAUGGAUUGUCUGAUGAGAGUCCAAAGAUGCCUGUAUCCGUUCCUGAGAAGAUUGUCACAGACGACGACGAAGAAACUUGUCGAGAAGAAAGAUGCUUUCGCCUCUGGAUUAACAGUCUUGGUGCUGUGACUUAUGUCGAUAAUGUUUUCGAGGAUGUUAGAAAUGGGUGGAUUCUUCUUGAAGUUCUUGACAAAGUAUCACCAGGCUCGGUUAACUGGAAGCACGCGAAUAAACCUCCAAUCAAAAUGCCAUUCAAAAAGGUUGAGAACUGCAACCAAGUUAUCAAGAUUGGGAAAGAGUUGAAAUUCUCGCUUGUCAGUGUAGAUGGUCAUGACAUUGUGCAAGGAAAUAAAAAGCUCAUUCUCGCUUUUUUGUGGCAAUUGAUGAGACACACAAUGCUACAAAUCCUCAACAACUUGAGAUCUCACUGGCAAGGUAAAGAAGAUAUUACAGAGGCAGAUAUUCUAAACUGGGCAAAUCGGAAAGUCAAGAAAACGGGUCGAACCUCACAAGCCGUGAGCUUCAAGGACAAGAAUCUUUCAAAUGGAAUCUUCUUUUUGGAGCUUUUGAGUGCUGUAGAGCCAAGAGUUGUAAACUGGAGUCUUGUAUCUAAAGGAGAAACAGAAGAGGAAAAGAAUUUGAAUGCAACAUACAUCAUAAGUGUUGCAAGGAAGCUUGGAUGCUCAAUUUUCUUGUUGCCUGAAGAUAUUAUAGAGGUAAGCCAGAAAAUGCUGCUGAUAUUAGCUGCUAGCAUCAUGAAUUGGAGCCUUCAGCAACAAUCAGACACUGAGUCUACUGUCUCUGAUGAUACUGAUGUGAGCUCUGUGACAGAAGAGAUCUCUAAUUUGUCAACAGACGAUGGAUCUUCAAUGUCUGAAAUGAUGAUGUUGUAAA